CUGAAAUGGUGAAAUUGGCAGUUAAAGGGGCUAUCAAAUCAAGGUAGUCAAAACCCGCUACAGUGAAAAAGAGGGCGAUAUAUAACAGAGAAGAAACCCGCAAGCGAGAGCGAGAGAGAGAUUAAUGUUUUUGACGGUGUAUGCUAAGUAAAAUUUUGAAAGGGUAGUUAUCUUGGUCUUGGGAACUCAAUUUGUAAUUCUUCUUCUUAUUUUUUUUGUCUUUUAAACAGCAGGUUCAUUCCUUGCCAAAAAGAGUGAACACCAAUGAAAGUCUAGGCCUUUUCAGGUCACCUUCUUCAUCAAAGAGACCCUUUUUUCCUGUUUUCAUGGAUCCUAAGGGCUCCAAGCAGCCUCAGGAGGUGCCCAAGUUCUUGAGUCUCCCACAACCAGAGAUGGGAGAUAACAAGCCUGCAGAAAUUAAGGACUUCCAGAUUGUGAUUGCAGAAAAGGACGAGGGGAAGAAGCAGUUAGCACCCAAGAGGAGCUCCACCAAGGACAGACACACAAAGGUUGAUGGGAGGGGGAGAAGAAUAAGGAUGCCAGCUCUCUGUGCUGCCAGGAUUUUCCAGUUGACAAGAGAAUUGGGCCACAAAUCUGAUGGGGAAACAAUACAGUGGUUAUUACAGCAAGCGGAGCCAUCCAUAAUCGCUGCCACAGGCACUGGAACGAUUCCUGCUUCGGCACUUGCUGCUGCGGGGGGCUCUGUCUCUCAACAGGGAACCUCUGUUUCGGCCGGCUUCCAGUCGAAGAUCGACGAGUUGGGACCCGGUAUUGGGUCCGGCAGUAGGACCAACUGGAGUGUGAUUGGAAAUAAUUUGGGUAGAUCUCAUGUGGCCACAGGCCUAUGGCCCUCUGUUAGUGGUUUUGGGCCGGGGUUUGUUCAUUCUUCAGCUCCAUCUACAUCGAAUUUGGGCACCGAAAGUUCUAAUUACAUGACUCGAAUUGGAUUCCACGGUUUUGAAUUACCAGGUUCCAAUCUGGGUCCAAUGAGUUUUAGCUCAAUCAUGGGUGGAAACAACCAGCAACUUCCGGGACUGGAGCUUGGGCUUUCUCAAGACGGUCAUAUUGGGGUUUUGAAUCCUCAGGCUCUGAGCCAGUUCUACCAGCAGAUGGGCCAGGGCCGUGGCACCACUGGCCCCAUGCAGCAGCAACAACAGCCGCCUGCCAAGGAUGAUUCUCAAGGGUCAAGACAGUAGACAAACAAUAUAGUUGGAGAAUUUUCUACGGUGAACUUUGGAGGAACUCAAGAAAUAACACAUCUGAGAAGCCGGGUCUUUUCUCUGUAUUUGCAAAUAUGGGGGAUGAGUUAAACGGAAAUUCAGUCUUUUUAUGGAAUUGUGACAUAGGGACUGGAUAUUGGGUCUGCCCAACUUUCUAUCCACAGCGUCAUUCAAACCUCCGAGUACAGAAUGUGCAGGUGGAACCAUGCGGAACUGGAUGGCUUGGGGUUGGACUUGAUUUCUUGUUUAUUUCAAGGUGUUUGAUAAUAGUGUAAGCGAUCUUUGAUUAUUUGUUGUUUCAGGUCUGGAUGGAGUGUUGAUCAGCUUGUUUGUGAAAAUAAACUUAGAGUUUCAUAUCAUAUUUAAUUCAAUAUUUUGUUAGAUUUGGCAGGGCAUUUGUUUUCGGUUGAUUUUUUUUUUUUUUUUUCAUUUGAACGGAAGAGCAGAUUACUUGUGAGUGUGACUGUUGAUGCGCACCAUUAGCAUUCGACCUCUAUAUCUGUUUAUAACUCAUUUUCAUUCAUAUAGACUCUACUAUUGUGAUCUGACCAAAA